UCUUCCGAGUUGAAUUGUUUUUUUAAAGAUCUGGCUGAAUUUAAGAUUUUAAACGUCUCACAAUGUCAUUUGUGCAAAAUUUAAAAUGAUUUAUUUAAUUUACGAUAACUAACAUAACCCUUUCUUAAGCUUAAAAUGAAAUGAUGUGAUCCGUUAUGAGCGACAAAACUAAAAAUGAGAAGGAGGAGAGCUGUGACAAGCCGGAAUCAAAGUGGACCUGUCCAGAGGCGAGGAACGUAACACAUCCUCUGCGCUAUUACGAGUUCAGCCCAGACGAGAUUAAGGCGCUCGAAGAAUGCGACAGAGAGAGUUUCUACCAGCGUUGUGUGCCUUUCAGUUCGGUUUUCGCAGCUACCACCUACGCCUGCGUGAAAAACGGUUACUUGAAACCCAACCCGAGGUUUGGAGCAGCUCCGAAGGUGGCAUUUGCAGUGAUUGUUGGCUACUUUGUAGGAAAACUGUCAUACCAACGAGCAUGUGCGGAAAAGUUGAUGGCACUUCCAGGCAGCUAUAUUGGACAAUUGCUUAGGGAGAAAAAAGAAGGGAGAGGCCCUAACACAUCACUGGCUCCAAGGAAUUCUCCGGCCAUGUUUGGUGCGACUUCUGACGAUAUCUACUCGGAUGCAGGUCCAGGAAAUUCGUUGGAUCUGGACACUGAUCGGCCGCUUUUCAGUGAUGACCCUUACAAUCCUAGUUCAGAUUCUGGUCCAUUUCCUCAAACUCCUGGGAGUGCUCCGUCUCAACCGACCCUGUCCUACGAUGAGCUGAGACGUAAAAACCGAAUGGAAUAUUCUGAAACCCGCCAAGACCCAUACAAAAUGGAUCCAGCGAUUGUGCCAUCGGUGACCAGACCGAAAGCCCCGUCAACACCCACAAACAGAUACGGGGACUCGAUGGAAUAAUUGACUGGCCAUGUUUUAUAUCGCUGUAUUUAAUAGAACCACGGAAAUAACAUAAAAUAACCUAAAAUAGAUUUGGUGAUGAAACAUGUAGUGCGCUUCGGGUGUUGUGAUUUAAACUAUGUGUAUGACGUAUCACACGGAAGCGGAAACCGUAUUUUCAGAGCUAAUGUCUACAUUUCUUAUGCAUCUUUGAAAUGUGUGAAUUUUUUUAUAUUUCAGGAGCUUAUUUAAUACUAGCGAUGUAACAAUGGUACAUUGGGCUCGGUAUCAAUAUAUGCCGAGCCACUGUUUUUGUACCUUUCCUUUUGAGUUAUUUGUGCUAUGCAGAUGUUUACUGCGAUUAUAUAGAUCAGAAUGUUGAAUACACUAGAUAAGGGUUCCAAA